AGUCGGUGGCGGCUGUGAUGAGGAGUCCGCCCGCCCGGCGGAGGAAGGAACAGAGCUGAAAUGUAGCGCACACUCGACGCAGCUCACACCGACGAGCAGGAGGAAGAUUCCGCACGUGCAAAGCUGAAGGCUGCUCCGGCUGGAAGUGAAGGGCUCCGUCCAUGCGCAGGCUAGCGCUCCUUCUGCUGCCCUGUGCCGUCGCCGUCCUGUUGCACUUGUGGCUGACACCACGGAAGCCCUCCUCUCCGCUGGACAACAACACACACUCGGAUGAGGCAUUACCAUACUAUGAAGUUUUGGUGGGAGUGCUGUCAGCGAGACACCAUUAUGAACUGCGACAAGCGAUAAGAGAGACCUGGCUGGGAUACCUGCGACAUCACCCCCACUUCCAGCACAGAGUGGGGGUGAAAUUUAUUGUGGGCGAACAUGGGUGUCCCAUUCCAGAAGAGGACAGAGAGGAUCCGUACUCGUGCUCCAUCCUGAACUUCACCGAGCCAGUCUCAGGGCAGGACACCGAGAUAGAGAUCGUGAAGGUGUCCGACACCUCGGUGCUCACCCUGUCAGACGUUUCGGCCGUCGCCCUGGACUUCAAGGUCCUCCAUCCAGUGGUGAUCACCAGGCUGGGGGUGUUUACCAAAGGACCCCGUGCUGAGCUUCAGAGUAACAUAACGGUGAAGCUUCUCCAGCUGGAUCAGGAGGAGGCCGUGGUUACUGCACGCUUCAGUGCCAUCAGCACUGGGACCAUGGUGAACGGGGUGUGGUACAAACCAGUGGAGCAGUUCAUCUUACCUAAGGGUUUUGAAGGGACACUCGUCUGGGAGAGUUUGGAUUCUUCUGGAUUGACAAACGUCAACUCUUCCUCUGUGCAGCUCAAUGACGGCGGCGGCGUCCUCAAGUUCUCUUCUAUUGCAGAAGGCAUAUUGCCUCACAGAAGUGCUCUUGGAUUUCCUGGUUUGGCGGGAGGGUUCACAUUUACGAUCUAUGAUGGAGAUGGUCUGUCGGGGCUCCUGCGAGGCCGACCAGCCAGGAUUCAGGACCAUGCCUCCAGGCUGAGGCAGGAGGACGCCGCCUUGCAGCGAGAGAGCCUCAGGCACGGAGACAUGGUUUUCGUGGACGUGGUGGACACCUACAGGAACGUGCCUUCCAAACUGCUUCAAUUCUAUAAAUGGUCUGUGAGAAACGCCGACUUUAAUCUGCUGCUGAAGACGGAUGACGACUGUUACAUUGACGUGGACUCUGUGUUGAUGAAGAUCGACCACAAGGGUCUCAAGCGUAGCAAUUUCUGGUGGGGGAAUUUCAGGCAGAGCUGGGCAGUGGAUCGUAUUGGGAAGUGGCAGGAGCUAGAGUAUGCUAGUCCAGCCUACCCGGCGUUUGCCUGUGGCUCAGGCUACGUGGUCUCUCGUGACCUCGUCCAGUGGCUUGCCAGUAACGCAGAGAAGCUGAAAGCCUAUCAGGGAGAAGAUGUGAGCAUGGGGAUUUGGAUGGCGGCUGUUGGACCUCAGAAAUACCAGGACGCUGGCUGGCUGUGUGAGAAAGAGUGCUACCUGGACAUGCUGUCGUCCCCGCAGCAUACAGCCGAGGAGCUGCACAUCCUCUGGGACAGGAAGCGGGCCUGUGGCGAUCCAUGCAGUUGUCCCUGGGGCCAUUAACUCUGGAUUACACCACACGCGCACCAUGCGGCAUCGUGCGUAUCAUCACUAGUUGUCAUUUAAGUUUCUGUGGAUUUCUUUAAAACCCCAAAACGGAGACUUUUCAGAGUUUUAUCAAUGUUGUUAUGUGAUAUAAACACUUUUUCCCUGCCAAAUGUGUGAUUCUUUAGAUGAUUUAAACCUUAAUAUUAAUGAAAUGCCAACAUUAUGAGCCAUGUGCAACUUCAGAAUGCAUUACAAUACAUUUAGCUGUAGUAUACCGCCAGUGUUUGUAUCAUGAUACUUGACAAUGAGGGAAAAGACCCCAUUUCCAACAAAUGGUACAGUUUGGUUCAGUCUGGUGUGUCAUGCAAUUAUUUGUGUUUCCACUGUGAAAUGUAGAGAAUGGCACCAAACUAACUGAUCUGUACGGUCCCCGCACAGGGGUCCUGCUUCUACCGAGUGGAACUGGAAACACUUGACCAUUUGAACCUUCUCUUCAUUCUUGUCUUCUUGUGGAACAGGGAAUUUCUCUCCGUCGCUUGUCGUCAUUCACCGCGCCGCGUUUGUCGUCUAUGUGGAAUUUAUUGGGGAUCUAUGGUGCGUCUUGCUGUUUAUGAUGUGACGCCAUUGACUCGGCUGACACAGCUGUAUCUGUCUGUCCCACGCAGUGUGCGGUGGAAGCCUCAGUCGGAUCAGAGUAUGCUGCUCCGAACUGCACACUGAACUGCACUGUACCGCUUGGUGGAAACAAGGCUUUAGUGAUGUGGGAGCUGAUGACAGUGAAGGAUAAGAAAUGCGCAAUUCCAGCAUGUGAUGCUAAUCAUGUACAGAGUCAUUGCUGUAAUACUUGAUAUUUGACAGACGUAUAAGCCUCUUUGGUUUGACGGGGGAAUAUUUGAUGGUACGGCUUUACGAGUACGUUGCUAUAUUUUGUAAAUGAUUGUCAUAAGCUUUUCAUCCUCCCUCAUUAUUUGUAGAUUUAUGACGAGCUGUCUCCCAAACACAGUCAGCGCUGUACCUGUCAUUGUGCAAAAUAGUGAUGUGGCCUUAUUGUAUUUGUUAGGCGUCAUACUGUGCGUAUAUUAACACAGAUUUAAAUCACUGUAAAUUGCAGCACAAUUUUUCUUUUUGGGACUGUGACUAAAUAGACACUAGUUUGAACACUGGUUUUAUGAAGCCCUGCUCACAGGUAAUAAAGAACACUUAUGACA